AUGCAAACUAGUGUUGGAGAAUGCCACCGAGGGAGUCCAUACGACCCCCUUCGAGUGCUGCAAAAGUCGCAUGCAAUAUCAAGAAAAUCAUCUCAACAGCACACCCAAGAUGUCUUCAAAUCAACCCAAUACUCACCGGUUUACAUGGCAUCUCAGGACGGCCUCAAGGAAGCCGACAUGAUCGAUUCCUUGCCCGGUCAGCCACCUGUCGGAUUCUCACAAUAUUCCGGGUAUGUGACAGUCGACCCCAGUGCUGGCCGAGCCCUCUUCUACUAUUUUGCUGAGGCCGAGGACCCCUCCACCAAGCCCCUCGUGCUGUGGCUCAACGGAGGGCCUGGGUGCUCUUCACUAGGGGCAGGGGCAAUGACAGAACUCGGGCCAUUCCGCGUGAAUCCAGACGGGAAAACGCUGUGGUACAACAAGUACGCUUGGAACAAGGUGGCAAAUGUGGUGUUCUUGGAAUCACCGGCUGGUGUGGGAUUCUCGUACUCGAACAGAUCGUCCGACUAUGUGACGGGGGACUCAAAGACGGCCGCGGAUGCUUACACCUUCCUAGUGAACUGGGUGGAGAGGUUCCCGGAGUACAAGACACGCGAUUUUUACAUAACCGGAGAGAGCUACGCUGGCCACUAUGUGCCUCAGCUGGCUGAUUUAGUCCUCCAAAACAACAAAGUGACAAACAUAAACUUGAAAGGCAUUGCUAUUGGCAACGCGUACAUUGACUACAUGGAUAGGUGGACGGGCACGUACGACCAUUUCUGGACGAGCGCGCUCAUAUCAGAUGAGACGCACCAGGGGAUUCUGGACAACUGCAACUUCACCUCAGAUACCACCGUUUCGGAUGUGUGUGACGACUACCAAGACAAGGCGUUUGAGGAGAGCGGAAACGUGUACAUCUACGACAUCUACGCGCCCUUGUGCGGGUCAGCUUCCACUGCUCCAUCGUUAUCUAGUUAUGAUCCAUGCUCGGAUGUGUAUGCAACCACUUACUUGAACUCACCACAAGUUCAGAAGGCUCUCCAUGCUAACAUUACUGGCCUUCCUGGCCCAUGGGAGCUUUGCAAUGAUCCGAUAUUCUAUUCCUGGAAUGAUUCACCUCUCACUGUUCUACCAGUGAUCCAAAAGCUGAUGGCCAGCGGCAUACGCGUCUGGAUCUACAGUGGAGAUACAGACGGUAUAGUUCCUGUAACCACCACUAGAUACUCAAUGCCCAAACUAGGGGCACCGGUCAAGACUCCAUGGUACCCAUGGGACUUUCAAGGCCAGGUGGGAGGAUAUGUAGUUGGAUAUGAGAAUGUGUCAUUUGUGAGCAUAAGAGGAGCUGGCCAUUUCGUUCCAGGCUAUCAACCUCAAAGAGCUCUUGCUUUCUUCUCCAGCUUUCUUCAGGGAAACCUACCUUCUCCUCAGAAGAACUAAAUAAAAUUUCAAUAUAUGUUGUACUACUACCUUUUUAAAUUACUCCAUAUAAAGAGAGAUGCCAUAAUCAUCUUCACCGCUU